UACAUUUAGUAAUUAUAAGGUUUCUUCUCAACACUCAUACUUAUAAAUAGUGUAUAAAACUUACCUUUAAAAUUACAUUAACUUAUGUUUGCAAGAAUUUCAUUAGCAACAGCUGCAUUUAUAAAACUGUAAUUCGUAAGUUUUCAUUCAUAAUGUCCGAUUCUAUUGAUGAAUAUUUCGAUGCGGCUCUAUCUUUGGUGAAAAGUGCUGGAAACCUCAUAACAGAGCAUACGGCAGGUUGUAAACUGUUCGAAUUGAAGUCUUCCGAUAUUGACUUGGUCACGGAAAUUGAUAAAAAGGUUGAAGAAACUCUUAUAGGUGGUCUCUCAGAAAAAUUCCCCGAUCACAAGUUUAUUGGCGAGGAAACCGUUUCUGAUGGAGGCAAGUGCGAAUUAACUGAUGCUCCGACGUGGGUGAUCGACCCAAUUGAUGGCACGAUGAAUUUCAUCCACGGGUUCCCUCAUAGUUGUAUAUCAGUUGGUUUAAUGAUAAAUAAAGUGGGUGUUGCUGGUAUCGUUUACAACCCGAUUCUACAACAACUAUUUACGGCGAAGAAAGGUCAAGGUGCCUUUUUAAACGACAAACAAAUCCAUGUAUCUCAAGUGAAUGAAUUAAAGAAAGCUCUGAUCACAUUUGAGACAGGUACGAGCAGAGAUGUAGAAAGGUAUAAGGCGAUGUUGCAGAACUUUCAAUUAAUCGUCAGUAAGGGGCAUGGAGUCAGAUCGUUGGGGUCUGCAGCUUUGAACAUGUGCAUGGUGGCUUUGGGAGGAGCGGAUGCGUAUUUCGAGUUUGGUAUUCAUGCAUGGGACAUAGCUGCUGGUGCCGUGAUAGUUAGAGAGGCUGGUGGAGUGUGUAUAGAUCCAGCGGGGGAGCCACUCGACGUGCUAUCGCGUCGAGUGCUCUGUGCCAGCAAUGUAGAACUAGCACAGGAGUUGACUCAGAACUUAGUACAAUUUUACCCAGAACGUGAUUAGACUUGUUGAUCUGUUAUUGAUGUUGUAAAGAUUAUUCCUAUAUUGUAUAACUAUUGUCUUUAUAAAUAUAAAUGAAUCUCUGUAAUGAAAUUAUGGAGGUUUGUCAGUGUUAAAUCACAAUUUAUGUAUAUUAAUAUAUUGCAUUUAUUUGCGGUUUGGUUGUA